CUCCACAACUCCGACCUUCACAACAAUGAGCGGAACAAUCAGCAUCACAUCACCAGCACAAUGGCGGCAGGUUCUUAGCUCGCACGCCAUCGUCAUCGCCGACUUUUACGCCGACUGGUGCGGGCCGUGCAAGAUGAUCGCGCCGACCUUCGAGUCGCUCUCAGUGAAAUACUCCAAGCCGCGCAAAAUUGCGUUCUGCAAGGUCAACGUGGACAACCAGACCGACGUGGCCCAGCAGUACGGCGUGCGCGCCAUGCCCACCUUCCUCGUCCUGCGCAACGGCUCCGUCAUCGACACCAUCCAGGGCGCCAACCCCCCCGCCCUGACCGCCGCCGUCGAAAAGGCCGUCAAGCUGGCCGGGCCUGGUGCUGGGGCCGCCGGUGCUGUCUUCUCUUCGCCGGGUCAUAAGCUGGGCGGGAGUGGAGUGACGCUGGGAGGGGCCAGGCCGUCGGCGUUGAUGACGGCGAGGUGGAGCUUGAAGGGGGUUCUGGAUGCGCUGGUCGCCUUCUUUGGGCUUUAUUUUGUGUCGCUGUUUUCGCUCGAUCCGUACAAGGCGGCUGAGAACUCGCCCUUCAACAAGAACAAUCCUCCUCCUCCGCCGAGGGCACCAAUGGGGUCAGGGACUCGACCGGCCGGGAGGCCAGGGUUCAAGACAAUGGCCGAUCUGGGCAGCACAUGA